CAGGCAGCCGUGCAGGACUAGGAUGACCGGGAAGACCCUGACCAGCAACGUGACCAACAAGAAUGACCCGCGCUCCCUCAACUCCCGCGUCUUCAUCGGCAACCUCAACACGGCCGUGGUAACCAAGGCCGACAUCGAGGCCAUCUUCUGCAAGUACGGCAAGAUCGUGGGCUGCUCCGUGCACAAGGGCUACGCCUUCGUCCAGUACGCCAGCGAGAGGAACGCCCGGGCGGCCGUGGCCGGGGAGAACGCCAGGGUCAUCGCCGGACAGUCGCUAGACAUCAACAUGGCAGGAGAGCCCAAACCAUACAGGCCCAAGAUCUGCUCCAAGAGACCCCUGUCAUCACUCUACAGCGGCUAUGAUUUUGACUAUGACUACUACAGAGACGACUUCUACAGCAGACUCUUUGAGUAUCACGGCCGCGUUGUCCCCCCAACCCGAGCUGUGGUCCCCAUCAAACGCUCCCGGCUACUCGUCCCCUCCACCCGCAGAGCCAAAUCCUCCUUUCCAGUCAGGGCCUGUUCUUCAUCCUCCUCUUCCUCCUCUUCUUCUUCCCGAGCGCUCACUGUCGGCUCCUCCUUCGCUGGCCCUAAACUGAGGACAGACCACCUCCUGACAAUCAAAAAGGAGCUGUCGCACAUCAAAACCAAAAUCGACUCGCUGCUGGGAAGGCUGGAGAAGAUUGAGAGGCAGCACCGCUCCGACGUCGAGAUACAGAGGAAACAGGAGGAGGCGUACGAGUGUAUCCAUGACGACGUGGCGGACCACUGCGUCGGGCAGGAAGCGGAAGAGGCGGCCGAGGUGGAGGCGGGGGAGAUGACGGAUGGCGGCGAAGACGACUUUGAGGACGAGGGCGCCGGUGACAUGUUGGAGAACCACAUAUCAGACAUUGACAACUGAGCGAGGGAAAACCUGCAGUGAUUCAUGAAGAGCAGAAACCAGCAUCAGCCUCUGGAGGAAGGAGGUGUAUUUGACACUGAAGCGACUGGCGGCAGCGGCAGGAGUCUCACCACACUUUGUUCGUAGCUUGUUUGCCUCAUCGCGACGCGGCACUCCCGACCGUGUGCUUCAUCUGAAACGCCGGGUGUGACUAUUCCUCAGACGACCGCAAGAUCACCUGCAAAGAGCAAUCGAUAGGAUUUCCCCUCAAACUGAUGACCUCUCUCGGACGAUACGGACGGUACAAUAUAUCGUGUGCUUAAUAUUUCUAUGGUCUGUAUUUGUGCAUAAAACUACAGUUACGUUCAAUCUGAUGAUAUUGAAAUGGUCUCCUUUGUUGUAUCUUUCUGUUAAUGUGCAUUUAGAACCGUGACGAGCCACAGCCGGCAGGCAGAGAGCUACAGAUGAAUGUAAAAGUAGCACAUCGUUCUUUAAGCGUUAUUAAUUAUGUGGUUUGUUUUAUGAAUUU